CGCGGUGCUCUGUACGCGCGGGGGCUGGAGUGUGAAUCCCCGUUUGAAAGGUGGGGUGGAUAUAAUUGGGAUUUGUUUUACCUGCGCAAUAUGUCUACGGAAGGGCCUACCCAGAAGAAGGUGAAGAAGUUAGAUGAAUCCGGGGAUCUCGAAGAGAGCAGAGACUUUGAUGUCGAGACGCAGAAGGCCCUGGAGGAGAUCGACGGUUGUCAAAAUGAAAUCGACGCUCUGAACGAAAAGGCGAGCGAAGAGAUCUUGAAAGUGGAGCAAAAGUACAACAAGCUGCGAAAACCGUUUUUUGAAAAGCGGAACGAGAUCAUUCGAAAGAUACCAAACUUCUGGGUGACUGCUUUCGCCAACCACCCACAAGUGUCAGCAUUGCUAGAUGAGGAAGAAGAGGAGUGCCUCCACUUCAUGACACAGUUGGAGGUCGAGGAGUUUGAAGAUAUCAAGUCGGGGUAUAGGAUUAAAUUUCACUUCUCAAAGAACCCAUAUUUUUCAAAUGACAUUCUCAUGAAAGAAUUCCACCUGGGAUCAUCAGAUCCGAAGUCAGAGUCGACGAAGAUCAGCUGGACCGAGGACAUGAACCUGGUGAAGAACGCCAGGAGUCGGCAAGAGAAAGUGAAGCAGGGCCGGAAACGCGGCCUGGACGUCAAGUCCUUCUUCCUCUGGUUCGAGGACCACGAGGACCCGUCCCAAGAUGACAUCGCUGAGGUCAUCAAGGAUGACAUGUGGCCCAACCCACUGCAGUAUUUCCUCGUGCCCGACAUCGAGGUGGAGAAUGGCGUCGAGGAAGAAGAAGAGGGCGACGUGGACGAGAGCGUGGUGGUGAUGGAGGAGGAGGAGGACGACGGAGAGGGCGACGAGGAGGAUGAGGAGGGUCUGGAGGACGAGGAGGACGAGGCUGACGACGAGUGAGGCAGCCGCCGGGGG